CGAUUAAUCCAAAACGGAUCAGAAAGAGUAUUAUUUAUCUUUUAUGUAGUAAUAAUGAUAAAUUGUGGCCUUUAAUCAAAAACUAAAAAAGUUCCAUCCUCUAAAACAUAGAACUUUGAUCAUUUGCAACCAUCAAAAUAUGGAUUCAAUCUUUAUGGUUGGACUAUGCAUAACAAUUAUCAUAGUGAUAGUCACUCAAAUCAUCCAAAUAAUUUCGAAAACCUCCUCAAAACUUGAACCACCAGGCAAAAAGGGUUGGCCUCUAAUAGGAGAAACUACAACAUUUGUGUCAUGCCCAAUGAAUUUUGUAGUUGAUCGGAUGAGAGACCAUUCUACUGAUGUCUUUCAGACCUCACUUGCUGGUGAAACAAUGGCCAUUUUCUGUGGGCCGACAUCGAACAAAUUCAUCUUCUCCAAUGAGUUGAAGUUGGUUAGAUCUUGGCUUCCUCGCUCCAUCUCCAAAGCUCUUGCUCAACAAAAUGCUGACCCAUAUUCCCUCUCUUACAAACUAGCAGAUCAAGUAUCCCAUAAAUUUUUGAAGCUAGAUUGUAUCCAACAAUAUGUUGGUACAAUGGACUCUAUGGUUAAACAACAUUUGGAUGAAUUUUGGUUGCCUUUUGAUCAAGUCAAGGUUCAUCCCUUAGCAAAAGAGUUCACUUUCGAGCUCUCUUGCAGGAUUUUUGUGGAGUUUUCUAACCCAAGUCCUGAAUUAAUUAAGCAACUUCGUGACCCCUUCUUCGAGUUCAUUGAAGGGAUAUUUUCAACCCCUCUUAACAUUCCUGGGAUGCCUUACUACAAAGCUCUUAAAAAGUCAGCACUUGUUCAGGAGAAACUUUUCGAGAUCAUGGAGCAGAGGAAAAUCCAACUCUCUGAUGUUGAGCAGCAGCAGCAGCAGCAGGACCAGGUUGUUUAUGACCGCGAUUUGUUAGGCCAGUUUCUUAUGGCUACUGAUGAGCACGGAACUUCUGUAAGAAAGGAGGACGUUGCUCGUGUUAUUGUUGGGUUUAUUUUUGCUAGUUUUUACACUACAAGUACUACCAUUGCCUUUGUGGUCUACUUCCUCUCCAAACACCCUGACAUUUAUGAAAAAGUAUUACAAGAACAAAUGGAGAUCAAAAAAACAAAACAAGCAGGAGAUCUCCUCACUUGGGCAGAUGUUCAAAAAAUGAAGUACUCUUGGAAUGUAAUUUGUGAAACCAUGAGACUUAGACCCCCGGCCACAGGCGGUUAUAAGGAAGUCAUAACUGAUUUCACUUAUUCAGGGUUUAACAUCCCUAAAGGAUGGAAGGUCCAUUGGAGUGCAUAUUCUACAAAUAUGAAUCCCAAGUACUUUCCUGAUCCUGAAAACUUUGAUCCUUCAAGAUUUGAAGGGAGCGGACCUCCACCUUUCACAUUUGUGCCAUUUGGGGGAGGACCUCGGAUGUGUACCGGUAAAGAAUAUGCUCGAAUGGAGACGCUCGUUUUUCUUCAUAAUUUGGUGACUAAAUUCAGAUUUAAGAUGGUGAAUCCUAAUGAAAAGAUUUUCUAUAACCCAGAUCCAGUUCCUGCAGAAGGCCUCCAUGUUUACCUUCAGCCUAAUUCAUAAUUUUACAUGUAUGAUGUAUAUAAACGUAACAUAUAUUUGUUCCUUUUACUUGUAAUUAUAUUGUAAUUAUAUCCUGUAUGUUGUGUACCACAAUCAUGUCCUGUUAGUAAUUCGGAUUUUGCACGUUUAAGUAAAUCAAAUUGUAUUGAAAUUUAGUUAGUGAAAUGGAUCAAAGGAAGUAUUUCAUAUA